CCGACUAACAAUGGCGAAAUCAAGAAAAAUCGAACACUCAAAACUGGCAAAAACAUGGACGCCAUUUUCAAUCUCAGAAGAACAAGCGCGCGGCAAUGGCCGAUCAGGAAGAAGCAAACGAGCAAAUCUCGAAUCUUUCUCUUCUCCGUAUCUCUCUUCGCUGUUUUCAUCUUCUUCUUCACUUACUCCGAGAUACCCAAUCCCAUGUCUUCGAUCUCUGCUCUCUCCGGAUCUGUUCAAUUCCCGCAGUGCAGAUCCGAGAUACUAACCCGCACUCUUCUGGGACAGAAAUUUCUCUGGUACGCUCCACACAGCGGGUUCAGCAAUCAGCUUUCAGAAUUCAAGAACGCGGUUUUCAUGGCGGGAAUACUUAAUCGAACCCUAGUCGUUCCUCCUGUUCUCGAUCAUCACUCUGUGGUUCUCGGUAGUUGCCCUAAAUUUCGUGUUUUGAGUCCCAGCGAGAUUCGAGUCUCAGUUUGGAAUCACUCGAUCGAGCUUCUCAGAGCUGGCAGGUACGUUUCCAUGGCUGACAUUGUCGACAUUUCGUCUGUGGUAUCUUCUUCGGGUGUUCGAGUCAUUGAUCUUAGGUAUUUCGUCUCUCUGUUGUGUGGUGUUGACAUGGAAACUCUGUGCUCGAGCAAAUUAUCAGAACAAUCUCCAUCUCACAAAGCUCUGGAGCAGUGUGGUUCUCUGUUAUCUGAGGUUCAUGGAAAUUUAGAUAAUUGUUUGUAUGCUGUAGAUGAAGAUUGUAGAACAACGGUUUGGACUUAUAAUAAGAACGGCGAUUCUGAUUCCGAUGGAAGAUUGGAUUCGUUCCAGCCUGAUGAAAAGAUGAAGAAGAAAAAGAAAAUGUUUUUUGUGAGAAGACGGCGUGAUGUUUAUAAGAGCCUAGGAGAUGGUACUGUAGCUGGUUCUGUAGCGAUUCUUGCAUUUGGAAGCCUCUUCACGGCUCCAUACAAAGGCUCCCAACUGUAUAUAGACAUCCGUGAAUCUCCGAGAGAUAGAAAGAUACAGUCUUUGAUUAAGAAAGUUGAGUUUCUUCCUUUUGUCCCUGAGAUAACGAAUGCAGGAAAGAGACUUGCCUCGGAUACGAUAAAGGCGCCGUUUCUUUGUGCGCAGCUUAGAUUGCUUGAUGGACAGUUCAAGAAUCACAGAGAGAACACGUUUGCAGGAUUAAUCCAGAAGUUGGAAUCUCUGAGCCAAGAGAAGAAGACUCGGCGUCCGAUUCACGUGUUUGUAAUGACAGAUCUUGCUGAAAGCAACUGGACCGGAACUUACUUGGGUGAUUUGUCUAGAAACUCUUCAAAUUUUAAGCUUCACUCCUUGAAGGAACAGGAUGAAGUAGUACUACAAACACAACAAGAGCUUGCUUCUGCUCGUCAUGGUCAGAAAUUCGGAUCGAUACCAAUGAAUCUUGAUACUACCAAGAAGACGCAGAACCGUUGCUAUCCUCGUGAAGUAUCUAAUGUGCAACUUUACAUAGAAGAAGUUGUUUGCAGCUGUGCUUCAUUGGGUUUCAUUGGUACUGCUGGUUCUACAAUAGCUGAUAGUGUAAUUCUAAUGAGGAGAUUCAAUGCUUGUAGUAUUAGUAGAAUUCAGACUGCAUUACGAUGA